UUCCACCGAACUUCGGAUCUUUAUUUCGCCAAAUGUAAAUACAGAAUCUAUCCUGUCAACAUGUCAAGGAAGGAGUGAAUUGACCGACCUAAGGAUAUAGGCAAAGGACGAAGGAAGAGACUAAUAUCCCAGCCUGCAAAGUGCCCACCAGUGCCAGGGACAGAAGGAGCAGGAUACGAGAAUAGGAGUGCGUCUGCGCCCGAGACCAGAAGAGCAGAAGAGCCCUGAGAGGAAGGCGUGAGUGAGACCUCCCAGCUCCUUCUCGCCCGUGUCUCGCUCUCCUUUUUUCUUGACAUCUCGGGCCUUGUCUGGGCUUGACAGUCACAAAAACAAGAUGCUGCGCUCGUUGUAUGCUUACAAGGGAACUCAUGCCCGUACACUUGGAUUCCAAGUGGGCGACAAGUUCAUGGAGAUUGGUCCUUCGAGAGAUCCUAAUUGGCUGCAUGUGAUUAAUGAACGAGGUUCUGUGGGAUACGUCCCCAAGAAUUAUAUAUCUGCAGAUGAGGGAUAUGUACGAGGGCAACCAUGCCAGCAAGAAGACCCUGCACAGGAAUCAGAGGCUCCGCCCAUUGAUAUACUUGAGUUUAUUGACGGUUGCAUUGAAGCCAUUCAUUUAAAUGCAAGUGAACGAGGUGGCAACUAUACUCGUGGCGAGCAUGAUGCCCUCCACAAGCUUGUAGAAUUGAGACAGGAUUGGUACAGCAAGUGUCCUCCAUCCUCGCAUCCUACUAAGCGUCCUGCUCCUCCACCGCCACAACGUACGACGUCUCAGCUCAGUGUAGACAGUGUUGGCAGCCUACCAUCCCCAUGUCUCCCGGGAACUCCACGCAGCCCUUCAAUAUCAGCAAGUGGGUCAUCAAUUAGCUUAGGGCCCCCACCCAAAGAAGCAACACCAACAGAAUCUUCCGCUGAAACUACUACCAGCUUCAUGGCUCGAGGAGAAUCUCUCGUUCGAGAUGAGAGCAGUGGAAGCAGCGAAGGUCAUGAUACUAGUAUAGGUUACGAAUCAGAAAUGAGAAGUGACGUAGAUUCAGUGGUCCAGACAAGCAUCAAGUCGCUUCUGUCUCAAGUGCCAAAGGAAUAUCUCCGUACAUUGGUGGAAGAGGUGCGCAGCAGCACUAGUAUAAGCUACACUACUAGUCAUCAGGUAGUCGAAGUGGUGCUGAAUUCAUUAGCUACAGCCUUACCUGUCCUCCAACCACUGUGCUUACACAUCCUAUCAAGCAAAGGAGAUCAAGUGGACGGAGGAGCUGACAAAUGGCAGCAGAGUUCAGAUGGACGACGCCUAGUGGAGCUCCUGGAAAAGCUACGAGAAUGCAAGGAUGACGAGCAGCAGCGUUCUUGGGCAUUGCAUGAAGAUGAGCACACCAUCACUACUCAUCUAUCCGAUCUACUUGAUUUGUUGAACACAGGAGACCUGAUGGUGUGUCGAAGUGUUUUGUCCCUGGAUGAUUUUAGACCUUUGUUGACUCUGGUACAGUACUACCAGAUGGAAACAAGGUGGCCUCUUCGGAAACUCCUGCUGCAAGUCUUUGGUGCUGUAUGUCAGAUGUCGGCAGCAAAUAUUUCUUAUCUCUCUGCUUCGGUGUUCCCAGUUGAACUUACAAGGGAACUGCUUGACAGCACAUACGACCAGGAGCGGCUGAGGUAUACUUCCUUGGUGCUCGGGAUGGUGCUGUGUAUGGGGGAUACUCUACCGUAUCCUCAUUUCUGUGUGAUGAAUGAAAACUUCAUGAAUGUACUGCUUGAUGGAAUAGAGCAGUACCAUGAGGAUCCUGACACAGAACAGCUGGCAGAGUUGUAUCUAGCCAUAGUUUUGGCCUUCAAUCUCCAAUAUACAACGCUCCCGCCAUCAGCAGUAAAUCCGCCAAAAUCUUGUGAGACCACAGAGGAAGGGGAAGGUGGAGUUAAAAGUCAGGCCAAUGGAGACCUUGAGGAGAAUAAGGAUGCCACGAAAACUGCAAUGGGAGCUGAUUCCGAGAAUAUAAUCAUCAAGUUAUUAUCAAAGAGGGAAAAUACAAAGUACUUCACAGAGAAGCUUCUGCUGUUGUUCAAUAGAGAAGAGGAUCCAUUAGCCAUGUUCGACCACGAGCCUCGGCCACCUCAUUCAGUAUUGAAAAUGAUGAGAGAUAUGUAUUCCACAAGGGCUACUGCUUCAAUCUUCUACACAAAUGAUGAAUGUGUUCUGUGUGAUAUUAUCAUAAGACAAUUGUCGGACCUUCCUGCAGAUGAUAAGCGUCGGAAUGAAUACUUACAUCUUAUGGAGGGAGUCAUAGUAGCAGGGAGAUGGACAGAACACCAACACAGGCGUAAAGAAUUGUGCUCCAGUUGUGCCAAUAUACUUGCUGAGGAGGAACCAGCAGCAGUAGAUGAUCAGAAGAUCAUCAGUUCCCUCAUGGAAAGUCAGCCAUACUUUUUUCAUGUUUGAGUGAUGUAAGUACAUCAGUUAUCUUGUUAGGAAGUGUUUCAUAAAUGUAAGCAGAUUUCGUUAUCAUUUUCUGUAAAUUUUCCCUCUCUUUUUUUCUAUUUUCUUUCUUUUCUUUUUAAAAGAAAACCAAGUGGUUUGGAUGACUUUUUGACCUCAAAAAAAAAUAUUUUGAUUGUGAUGUCCAGCCAAAUAGUAUACCAAGCUUUAUAUUUUGUAAUCAACAUAAAGAAAAAUCUUCCAUGAGAAAUUAUGUGCCAACUGUAGGAUCCUGUACAUUAUACACUAUUUGAUGUAUCCUAGGGCUUGAAUGGGCAUUAGUAUAAAGUGUGAUAGCCCAGUGACAUGUGUGCAGCUUUUAGUAUGAGGUCAUGGAAGGGGUGAGAGUCACAUAAGAGUAAGAACUUCAGCUAGAGAUACCAGUUGAAAAAAGGACACCAGAGCCCAUUUUGUAAUUAUUUUUGUUAUUAUUAUCAUUAUUUUUAAUAUUAUUACUAUUUUUAUUAUCAUUAUUAUUAUUGUUAUUAUCAUGUUUAUAAUGUUUAAUUACCGUUACUGCUGGUAGUGUAAUUGUUGAUAUUAUUAUUAUUAUUAUUAUUAUUAUUAUUACCAUUUGUAAUGUACAUAUCAGAAAAUAAGUUUCCAUGUUGCCUAAGAUUUUGAGAAAGAAGCCAUGUCACCUGUCAAAGUGCAUUUACAGUCAUGUUUCAUCAUCAUGGGCUCACAAGGCUUUUGUCAAAUGCAUUAAUUCAUCCUUGAACAGACAGCAUACAUGACGGUGUUUCCUGUUGUGGAAUAAGUUAAGAGAAAGGUAGAUAUAAACUUAUGAACUUGGUUUAUUGUAAAAUGUAUGAAUUUUACACAGUUCAUAGAAGUAUUGGAAAUCAUUUUCCUGAGGAUUGGUAUGAGAUUGUUUGAUUUUAGUUAUUGGAGACCAUGCAUUAUUAUUCUCACUUGAUUGAGUAUUUUCUGUUUUUAGUUCCUUCAUAAGGGCAUUAUGUAAGUUUACUGUAUACCAUUUGCUGAGAAGACAGCUGUGUUUGCAAUACUCAAAUCAUAAAUUAAGGUUUCCACUGAGGAAGUUUGACAAGGAAAUUGGCAGCUGUGAGUUUUCUGCCGGGGAAAUACACAUAGAAUUUUUUUUUUAUGGUGUAGUGAUUACAUCAUAUAUAUAUUAUUUGAUAGGGCAGGAUAAGGACAAACUGAAGGAAAUUAAGGUUGCUGAUAGUUAAGUUGAUUGAUUGUUAGUCAAAUUUGCCUUUGAUAUUUGGACUUCGAGAUUUAAAGAAUGAUUAACAAUUAAUUGGUGAUAUAGAGCUAAGAUAUCAGUAAUGACAGGCAAAACAGUUUACCCCCAAAAUCUUAGUGGAUGACAGAAUGCCAUUUAUCUGUCUUUAUUAUGGGAGUGUAGCUAUUGUUGUUAACCCUGUAUGUACAUUUUAUUGAUAUAUGCAAUUUUUAUAGCAUGUGACAUACAGUAAACUUUUUAGCACAGUUUGUUUUUUUGGUUGCAUUAGUGGAAAAUGAUGUUGUUAUGUGAACUGUGUAUUUAAUUGACUUAAAUUGAUUCCUGAAUUUUGAAUAUUCAGAAAAUGGCCAUCAUUUACAACUGAAGCUUUAACUUUAUUUUCAAAAUCCAGACAAUAUACUUAGAAAUUAGAAGAAUCAUAUGGAUCAGUGCCUUUUAUCAUCAACAUUUGUCAGCAGCUGAUAAAAAGUCAAAGGCUGUUUCGAUGAACUCAAAAACUAUUUUUAAAAGAUCUAAAGAUAAGAGUUGCUUGCUGGAUUCCUGCUCAGAUGCAGUGUUCAAAACGUCUUCAAAAGCUUUUGCUGACAAUCAGACAUUUGGUGGAUAAAUGUUGGAUAUCUUUUUCUUUUCCCCUUUAUAGGAACAUAUAUAUUUGUUAGAUAGCUUUAGCAACUGUGGCUUUCUCCUUUGCAUGAAAUUAUAUAUUUAGUUAUAACCUGAGUUGCCAUUUUUUUAGUAAUAAACAUGUUACCAUAUUUUUACAGGAACAUUUAGGAUAAAUGUGGCUUAGUUGAGGAUUUCAGAGUAUUGUUAUUACCAGUAGGCUUCUACUCAUUUAUUUAUUUUUAUUGUUUUGUUUUUAAUUCUCAUAUCUGUUAGAGGUUGGCUAUGCUUAGUGUUUAAAUUUACUUUCGCAAUAAUUACUAAGAAAAUCAUAAUACCUGGUGAUUACAGAAAUGGUGAUUUUUUCACAUAAAGACAAGGCUGGUUGUGCAUGUACAAGCUCUGCAUUUUUGUGAUGUGAUACUGAAUAGCAUUUUACAAAGACAUUUCUGUGGAGGCAUUUUGUAAUUUACUUUUCAUCUAGUUUGUUAUGAGAGACUUUAGUGUCCAUACAACUUAAAAAAAAGAAACAUGGAAAGAAAAAAAAGACUGAAAAGUAUUAGGCAUGUUAAAAACUGUGAUUGCAGUCUAUACUUGUCUUUGAUAUUUAGAUGAUAAGCCAAAAAGAGAGUAAAAAAUAAGAAAUUAACCAUAUUCACCAGGGCAGCAUUAUUAUAAACACAAAUAAGGUGGCUGGUUUGGGGUCUCAUGAUUUAAGAGCAUUAUUGUUAUUUUGGUUUUUCGUUAUUAUUAAUUUUGUUGUUCCAAAUGUUAAGAUUCUGAGUUCUCUUAUUUUAGUUUCCAUACUCUUUUCUUUUUUAUUUUGUUUAGUGAAAGUAGCAUACUUUACUAUAGUCAUUUAGAUAUAGGCUAUAAGCUUUACAUUUAAUUUAGGAAUUAGUGCAUGAUUAAAGAAAAGACAACUCUAAUUUAGGUCUGCGUUUUGAUUUCUGUAAUAAAGGAUAAGUCUGCAAUUUAGCAUUUUCAGUUAAUUUGGCAAGCAGUGAAUCUCCAGACAAUUUUUCUGAAGUAGUAUCUAAAAACGUAUUUAUAUUUAUGCACCAAACUUUGGGAACAAAAAUUGUUAGUAGUCAGAUGUUGAUACAAUAUUUGUUGCUUUAACCUAUGUACAUAUAUCAUGCAUGGAAAGAUUGUUGGUUUUGAUAUGAUUAAACUUUUAUUAUAUUGUCUAUAUCAUAAAGUAUAUUUUAAGAUAUUAGUAUUACUUAUCUCACAGUUCAUAGUUUGAGAAACCAUCUUUGAUAGUAAUAGUAGUUGCACAAAUUAUUGAUAUUAUAUUGGGUGAUUAUAAUUUUUCCCAUUUUUCUUCAUAUAUUUUCUUUGUGCACAUGUUUAUGCAUGCCUGCAAAAGUGCAUUAGUAUGAAUGUAAGGAAAUUUUUUUCUGCAUGGAUGAAAAGGAUUACUAAUAUGUAAUUUCUUACUGAAUAUGCAAAGAGUAUAAAAACAUUGCAACAUUUGUUAUCAAAGAUGAUUUAUAGGACAAAGUUUAAAUCAGCAUGCAUUACUAUAUCAAGAAAAUCAUACAGUAUCCUGCCAAAAAGUGAGUAAGAAUUAUAAAGAAAUAAACAUUUUAUGCAAGUGACUAUUAAAACAUUGAAAAAAUGGUUGAAAAGAAAUUAUUGGCUCAAAGACUUUCUUUCUACCAAUACACCGUCCUAACAGAAACAUAUAAUACAGUUUAGAUGGUAUUGUGUUAUUUUCAAGGCAAAGCAUUUUAUAUGAAUUGAAAAUUAUUUGCUAGUACUAGCAACUAUAAUAUUAUGUAAUCUGAUCAAAGAGAAUCUGGUUCAUUGUGAAUAUGAAGUAUACAAAUAUGAUUCAAAGAAAUAUUUGCUCCAGUUCAAGGUCAUUCAGAAAUUGUACAGCAGCUGUGCUUUAGGUAACUGAUUGUACAAUAAACCUUGAAUGUAAUAAACUUUUUUCCUAG